AUCAAAUAAAUACUUUGUCUUAUUAGCGCAUGCGCUAUCUCGCGUACCGAGCAACACAAGUUUCAACGAACACCUAAUCAUAAUUUUCCACUAUGUACCGCAAAGAGAAACCUUUAAUUUUGAAAAGCAGCGCAUCUUCACUUACUAACAACCUUUCUGUGUUGGUUGCUUUGGAUAAAGGAGUCCUGAACUAUGCCGUCGUCCAUAAAGCUGUUGUCAACAUCAUUUCGGCAUCAACUGAUGGAUCCACUGUCAAUAGCAGAAACAUCGUCUGUAAAGAACCCUCGGCAGCCCAGCAGAGCACGCCAAUGAUUAUACAAGCCAAAUGGGUAUGCCUUCCUACCAGAACGGUUUUUAUUUUAACUUCAUUAAAAGGAAUACAGAUGUUUGAAUCAGAUGGGUCUGCAAUGAUAUAUUGGCAUGCCCUUGGUGAUAUCAACAGCACAGAUAUAUUAGAACAUGCCAAUUUUGGAAGAGGAAUUGCAGGAAUAGGAGAAAAUUUUAUCUGUAUUGGUACACAACUGGGAGAAAUCCAUGUAUUCAAUGUCCCAGCAAAGGGAACAAAUGUUACAUUGAAGGAAAGCUUAAUAGGACAUAGACACCCUGUGUGUGAUUUAGCCUCCAGUGGGAACACCAUGGUCAGUUCAGACGAGCAAGGAAACAUCAUUAUAUGGUCACUCUCAGGGACUAACUUUAAACAGACUCACUCCAUCACAGGCUCAGGAUUUCCUUGCAGUAGUCUUGCCUUGUGGAAGAAUGUUAUUGUAGCAGGGUUUGGUAAUGGUCAGAUUCGACUCUACUCGGCAGAAACAGCUAAACUGGCGGCUCAGGUUAACGCCCAUGCUCGCUGGGUCACCGCCUUAGAUGUGGCAUCUGACAAUGGAAUGCUGUUAUCAGCGAGUGAAGAUUCAUUUGUGCGAGUCUGGCAGCUGAAGGAAGGCAGUCCUAUGCCAGAGAUUGAGUACUUAUACCAAGAGUGUGUCACGGACCAGCAGUUGGUGGGGGUGCAGUUCCUCCACCCCCAGGGCAGGGCGUUCUGUACCACGGGGUACGACAGCUGUGACCUCUCCUUCUACGUCCAGAGCUAG